UACUCAUGUUAAAAUCCUUCGUGCCAUGCAAUAGUAGGAGAUCAUCAAGAAUAAUUGACGGGUUUCCUUUGUCUGAAUGCAAUUCUGUGAGAAAGACAGAGGCAAGUUCUCAAGAGGAUUGUAUGUCUUUUCCUCUAGAUGAUGAUUCUAGUGGUGCUGAAGGGAGCCCAUCAUUUUUGAGGAAGAGGUCCUCAAUGAAGUCUACCUAUGGAUUUUCUCCUGAUAAAAAAGUUGAUAUAAGGGAAACAAUAUUUAACACUCCCAACAACAUGGAUCUUGCUUCUAAAUACAGCAGUGCAUCAUAUAAACCAGAAAUUACUAGCUUUAGGAUUGACAGUCUUAGGCCUUCAGAUGAGAAUGUCAAAGAACCUCUAAAAUCCAUGGAACAAAGACCAAUGAGAAGUUGUUCAAGAGUUGUGGAUUCAUAGGAGGAGUUGGUUGAUUAGGAUUAUGUUUUUGUAUCUGGACCCCCAAUGGAUGUGUCAUCUUCCUCGGCUAUUGCUUCCAAGCCAAGUCAUUCACAAUGCAAAUUAGGGAGUGCCCCUCUAACAUCUGUAAAUAUGAAGACCAAAUCAAGUGCACCAAUGCCAAUUGCUGGUGUAGGAAUCACUAACACAUGUUAUACUAGAAGCUUGGAAAGUCAUAGCUCGGCACCUUCUGAGACUUCACAAGGAUCCAUGGAUAUAGGAGAUGCUUUAGAGCGACCAUCAACUCACUGCAUAACAAGGAUUAAGUCAUUGCAGCAAUGUGCAUCUAUCAUCACUGAAUUGGUAAAUGAGAAGGCAAUUAAAUGCAUGUUUGGACUUGAAGGUGUGCUCAACGACCAGAAAGGCUCAAGUUGGAAAAUGGUGUAUGUGGAUUAUGAGAAUGAUGUACUUCUUGUUGGGGAUGAUCCUCAGAAUGAGUUUGUUGGUUGUGUCCGCUGCAUUAGAAUUUUGUCGCCUUCUGAAGUUCAGCAGAUGAGUGAAGAGGGCAUGCAGCUUCUCAAUAGCACAACAAUUGAAGGGAUUAAUGAUUCUAUCAAAAGAUGGAAACCUUGGCUUCAUCAGGGGCUCAUCAUCAAUCCUGGCAACCUUGGGUGUACACAGCCUCAAGCCAGGCUUAGGCAAUCUGGGUGUCGAAAUGCAAAUGGCUCUAGCUUAGGCCUUUUGUUUUAG